GAAGAUAUCAUACAAAUAGCUCAGCUUUAAGGGUUAUUAUCUACAGACACUUCUUGAAGUAACUUCGACUCAGAGUUAUUUUGUUGGGACAAACCCUCUAUUCUCACUGGGAAUCAGGGUCUCAUCCAGAAUGAUGAAACUCAGUGUUUUCCUUCUCAUGCUCCUCAUGGAGACGUGCUCAGUCUCCACUUAUCAAAAUGUGGCGUUGCGUGGAAAAGCAACCCAAUCAAACUGUUAUGAGCAAGCUUUUGGAGCUGCCAGCAACGCUAUUGAUGGAAACCGUGAUCCUUACUUCCCUUCUGGAUCGUGCAGCCACACUGAUGAAUCAAGCAACCCCUGGUGGAGAGUGGACCUGCUGGAGCCCUACAUCGUCACUUCCGUCAUCAUCGCCAACAGAGCAGAAAAUUCAGAAAUGCUUUUGGGGGCACAGAUCCACAUCGGCAACUCUUUAGACAACAAUGGUGCAACAAAUCCAGUGGUUUUUACAAUUACUACAAUAGAGUCAUUGUACACUCUGACUCUCACUGAUCGUGUGGAGGGACGCUAUGUGACUGUGCGUAUACCGAGUGAUGGAAAGGUCCUUACCCUCUGUGAGGUGGAAGUCUACGGGUACCAUGCCCCAACUGAAGAUAACCUGGCCAUUCAAGGAAAAGCCGGACAGUCAUCAGUGUAUGGGUCUGGCCCUGCAGAUAGAGCCAUUGAUGGGAAUCGGUCCCCCUGGUGGAAUGACGGUUCCUGCAGUCACACAAACAAUGAUAUGAACCCCUGGUGGAGGCUGGCUCUGCCCAAAACACACAAAGUGUUUUCUGUUAAGAUAACCAACCGAAAUGAAUGCGCCGAACGACUCAAUGGAGCCGAGAUCCGCAUUGGAGAUUCUCUUGAAAACAAUGGUGCUGACAAUCCCAGGUUUGCUGUAAUCACCAGCAUCCCGGCAGGUCAAACUGCUGAGUUCAAGGUUCCCAACGGGAUGGACGGCCGCUAUGUUUACAUAGGUAUCACUGGAAGACAGGAGUACCUGACCCUCUGUGAGGUGGAGGUUUUUGGCUCUGCACUGGAUUAGCAUUCAAUGUAAUGGAUUUGCAAAGAUGAUGUAAUGUGUACACAAAGCAUCCAAAAUCAAAUGUGCACCUUAAAUUGCAUUGUUUGCAUGACGUCAAGAUUUACUGGUGGAGAUUGCAACAAAAGUCUGCCUUGACUUUUGCUUUUACACAGGACUUGUACACCGUUUGGGAAUGUGCUUGUUUGAUGUCAUAAGAAAAUAACUGAUUUUUUUUUUCUAUCAAUUAUUAAAGAACAGUGAAAGCAAUGGUUCUGAAGGCAGGUUUUUUAUUGAUUUAAAUACAGACAAAAUAGACAAAUAUUAUAAAAGACAUCUGAAAGCUUUCUUACCCAAAGUUAGAUCAGAAGAUCAAUCCCCAUCAUGUCUGUAAGAGUGGUAUCUUGAUAACUGAAGGGCCGCAGACAAUAUUAAAGUUCAAACAACUAAUGUAUGUCUGGAGGCCCAAACAAAGACCAGUUUCCUCUGUAUGCCUGAGCCGUUUGUGUUUUUCUGUAGAAAGCAUUAAUAACAAGACUUCCUUGCGCAAAAAAUACAAUAAGAAAGAAAGAUAACCUUUUAAAGGCCAUACAGUUGUAUUUCACAAAAAAUGUGGGUAUUUACAAAAAGGUUCUGACAAGGCACAGUUAGAGGCAGUCUACUUGUUUUUGCCAUAAAAAACACAACUCUCUCUGUCAUUUUAUAACUGGAUAAGGAAUAAAGUUUGCCUGCUGAAAGCUGAA